UAAAAAUAAGUAGUGCAAAUAAAAUAACGCCCAACUGUUGAAAUCCCGCUAAGGCAUGCUUCCGCUAGUAGUCAGAGGGUUUAAGCACACGCUACCAUUCGUCUUCCCCAGCCACCACCAUCACCUGCGCCUUCACUUCUCCCGCUCUCUCAUGGCUACCGCUACUUCAGCUAAGCGAGUUGGCACUCACAAUGGCAGCUUCCACUGCGACGAAGCCCUCGGCUGCUUCAUGAUUCGCCUCACCGACAAGUUCUCCAACGCCGAAAUCGUUCGCACCCGUGACCCCCAGGUUUUGGAGGGUCUGGAUGCUGUGCUUGAUGUUGGGGGUGUAUAUGAUCCUAGUAGGGAUCGGUAUGAUCAUCACCAGAAGGGCUUCGAGGAGGUGUUUGGCCAUGGGUUUAAGACUAAGCUGAGUAGUGCUGGUCUGGUUUACAAGCAUUUUGGGAAGGAAAUAAUAGCCAAGGAGCUUCAAGUUGAUGAAGGCCACCUAGAUGUGCAUCGGUUGUUCUUGGCUGUUUACAAAAGCUUUAUGGAGGCAAUUGAUGCUGUUGACAAUGGGAUCAAUCAGUACGAUACGGAACAGCCUCCAAGAUAUGUGAAUAACACACACUUGUCUUCAAGGGUGGGCAAGUUGAAUUUGGAUUGGAUAGAUCCUGAUCAAUCAACUGAGAAGGAGAAUGAAGCCUUUCAUCAAGCCAUGGAACUGGCUGGCAGUGAGUUUUUAAGUAGUGUUCGUUUUCAUGCAAAAUCAUGGUUACCAGCACUGUCUAUUGUAAUGGAGUGUCUCUUAGCAAGAUGGGGUGUUGAUCCUAGUGGAGAAAUCAUGGUUUUGACUCGAUUCUGCCCUUGGAAGCUUCAUUUAUUUGAACUUGAAGAAGAGAUGAAGAUUGACCCUCCCAUAAAAUAUGUUCUCUAUCAGGAUGAUAGGAGCAAACACUGGCGAGUUCAAGCAGUGGCGGUAGCUCCUGAUAGAUUUGAGAGCCGAAAGCCUCUAGCAUUGCAAUGGCGAGGACUUAGGGAUGAGGAGCUCUCGAAGGAGGCUGCAAUCCCCGGAUGUGUUUUUGUCCACAUGAGUGGGUUUAUUGGAGGAAAUCAAACAUAUGAGGGCGCUCUGGCCAUGGCAAAAGCUAGUUUGAAGCUUUGAUAGACAAGAUUGACUUAUUACUAAUUCAGAUUAGUAAAUUUUGGGCAUUUCAGCUGGAUCUUUGCUAAUUUCUUAAACUUUAGCCUGUUUUAUGUUCCUACGAUAUCGCCUUCGAUGAAAUUUUCCCUAUUUGGUUUCUACAAAAGUGUUAAGUAAACAUUGAUGCAGUGAUUUCAGAACCCACAAACUGGAAUAUGCAUUUGUUCUGUCAAUGACUUUGAAUAUGCAAUUUUCUCAGUCGAGCA